AGAAAGAGUAGUUGCAUGGACCAAGAGGUCUUGAUGGUCCUCCAGGAGAGCCAGGGACACAAGGUAUUAAGGGAGAAAGAGGUGAUCCAGGGAAAAAGGGCAUUCAUGGACUUAUUGGCAAGGCUGGAAACCCUGGAGAACAAGGAGAUCAGGGAGUACCAGGUUUGCCUGGGCCCCCUGGAAGCCUAGGAGACAGAGGUCCUAUGGGAGAGCCAGGCUCAAGAGGACAACAAGGUGAUGCUGGCCCUGUUGGGGAAAUGGGAUUUGAGGGACCUCCUGGCCCUGAAGGGGAGCCUGGCCUGCCAGGAGAACCAGGUGAAAAGGGAGACAUCGGACCUGCUGGUAAGGCUGGUGAACCUGGAGAACAAGGUUUAAGGGGUGGACCAGGACCUCCAGGAGAAGAUGGUACUCAAGGGAUAGAUGGCUCAAAGGGUGAUUCUGGAGACCAAGGACAAGCUGGAGAGGAUGGUGAAAAAGGAGAAACAGGAAUACCAGGAAUUACAGGUUCCCCUGGUGAACCUGGUAUAAUGGGCACUCCAGGUCCAGAAGGUACUGCAGGAAAUCCAGGUCAAAGAGGUCGUCCAGGAAAAAAGGGGGAGAAGGGCCAGCUAGGACCCCCAGGAGAGACUGGACCCCCAGGAGAUCCUGGCCACCCUGGAGAAAUUGGUCCUAAAGGUGCAAGAGGAACUAGAGGUCCAUUGGGACAUUUAGGAGAAAUGGGACUUGAAGGAGAGCCAGGAAUUCCAGGUUAUGAGGGUCACAAGGGUCUACCAGGACCACCUGGCCCUCCAGGCCCCAAAGGAGAAAAGGGUUACCCAGGUGAAGACAACACAGUACUGGGACUACCUGGGCCCAUAGGUGAACCAGGUCCUAGUGGUGAACGUGGAGAUAGAGGAGAACCUGGUGGUGAGGGCUACAAGGGUCAUGUGGGUCUUCCCGGACUAAGAGGAGCUAUUGGACAACAAGGGCCUCCAGGUGAACCAGGUGAACUGGGAGAACAAGGACCGAAAGGAGAGAGAGGUUCCGAAGGUCCUACUGGAAAAAAAGGAAUGUCUGGUCAAGCUGGGAAAACUGGAAUUCCAGGAAAACCAGGCUCACCUGGGCAGAAAGGUGCAACUGGAUACCCUGGAACAGAGGGCAUUCCUGGAGAUCCUGGGAAGCCUGGCCUACAGGGGAAACCUGGCCCUCAAGGUAACGCUGGAAGCCCAGGAGUUCCAGGACUGGCUGGGUACCCUGGAACCCGGGGACCAAAGGGAUUUCCAGGCUUGCCAGGUGCUACUGGAGCACCAGGACUGAAGGGUGAGAAAGGGCUCCAAGGUCAUCCAGGGAAACAAGGUAAAAGAGGCCUUCCAGGGGUGCCAGGUGACCAAGGCCCACCUGGAGAUUCUGGGCUGAAAGGACAGGCUGGGGAACAUGGAGAACAAGGUUUGAUGGGGCUUCAAGGAUUCCCAGGUCCAAAAGGUCCUUCAGGAGACAUUGGUUUAAUUGGGAUUCUGGGUCCUAAAGGUCCUAUUGGCCAAAUUGGAUCCAUGGGGCCCACUGGUCAAGAAGGUAUAAUUGGCCCAGCAGGCAGGCCGGGACCUAGGGGUGAAAAGGGCACAAGGGGUGAAAUUGGUCCUCAAGGACUGAAGGGUCAUCCAGGUCCACCUGGUCUACCUGGACCACCUGGGAACAGAAAACAAAUGGACAUCAAUGCUGCUAUUCAAGCCUUGAUCGAAUCAAAUGCUGCACUACAGAUGGAGAGGUACCAGAAUACUGAAGUAACGUUUCUAGAUCACAGUGCAGAGAUAUUCAAAACAUUACACUACCUUAGCAACUUACUGCAAAGUAUCAAGAACCCCCUUGGCACCCGAGAUAAUCCAGCACGCAUCUGCAGGGAUCUGCUUAACUGUGAACGGAAAGUGUCAGAUGGAAAAUACUGGAUUGACCCAAAUAUUGGCUGUCCUUCUGAUGCCAUUGAGGUUUUCUGUAACUUCACUGCUGGUGGCCAGACAUGUUUAUCACCCGUCUCUGUGACAAAGUUGGAGUUUGGAGUUGGAAAAGUGCAGAUGAAUUUUCUUCAUUUACUGAGCUCAGAAGCAACCCAUACCAUCACAGUUCACUGUCUGAACACACCAGUAUGGGGAAUAAAUGAGGCAGGUGCCCAGAAAACAUCUGUUAGCUUCAAGGGAUGGAAUGGUCAAGUGUUUAAAGCAAAUACACUACUUGAACCAAAGGUGCUUCUGGAUGAGUGCAUGAUCCAAGACGGCAACUGGCAUAAGACACAGUUCUACUUUCACACUCAGGACACUAAUCAGCUUCCAGUUGUUCAAGUGCAUUCAUUUCCUCAUCUUAAACCAGGACAACAGCACUUCUUAGAAAGUGGUUCAGUGUGCUUUCUUUGAGCUUCCUGACCCUGCUCUGGUGUAUCAUAUAAUGGUGGAAUUGCUGCAGACAACAAGUAGGGUUUUUUAGGGGGGUGGUUUUAAGAAAAAUGAAUUUAAGCUGAAAUCAUCAUGAAACUGUGGAAGCAUUUUAAAGCAAAUUGUUAGUUGUAUCUUAAAGAAUCUCAGGAAGAAAAAGACUUCCUCCUAAGAAGGAGAAAUGGCAUUUAAAAUAGACUACAACAACAUUGAUAAAAGAUUUUAAUUUUUUUUAAUAUUGGCUGGUGCUUUCGUGUAUGAUUCCCUGGAACUCAGCACUAUAUACCUGAACAAGAAAUUCUUUGGGACUUCUAGUGUUCUCAGUAACCUAUUUAAUAGCACUGUACAAGACACCCUAAGGAAGCUGGAGACAUGCAGUACAAAGGAGCAAUACUGGCUAAUGCUCCCAAAUGUGCAAUAGCUUACAUACGAGAGUAAAUUAUGCCACAGUACAAUAAAGGGUUUUUUUUUAAAA